UUUCCAUUUAGAAAUCGUGAAAAUGAGCAGCCCUCCAGAGCGAAAGGCUUCGAACACCUUGAGGGACUAAAGGCUUUUAUUUAAACAACAUUUUCUCCGUGUUGAAGGUUCUUCUCAUCAUUUUCUCGAAAAAAGUUUCUUUGGGGGAUGAAAAACUGAUGGCCUUUCUAAUGCUGGAGGCUAGCUGUUCGCUCUGAAAGUGCAGGAUGAAAAGAUGGCACAACUGCUUCUACCACCAGGUCCAGACAACUUCCGCCCUUUUACUCGAGAGUCUCUCAAAGCUAUCGAGGGACGGAUUGCUGAGGAGGAAGCCAGAAAGCCCAAAGGAAAGAAGGAAAAACGAAAAGAUGAGAAUAAACUCAAACAGAACCAUGAUCUGGAGGCGGGCAAGACCCUCCCUCUUCUUUAUGGAGACAUUCCUAAAGGCAUGGUGUCAACACCGCUAGAGGACCUCGAUCCAUUCUACAAUAAUCAGAGAACAUUUAUAGUACUAAACAAAGGGAAAGUCAUUUACCGCUUCAAUGCUGCUCCUGCCUUGUACUUCCUGAGCCCCUUCAAUCUUCUUAGAAGAAUAUCAAUCAAGAUUCUGGUACACUCAUUGUUCAACAUGGUGAUCAUGUGCACUAUCAUCACCAACUGUGUGUUCAUGACUUUGAGUGAACAGCCUUCCUGGGGAAAGAAGAUGGAGUACACAUUUACAGCAGUCUACACUUGUGAAUCCCUAGUUAAGAUUUUAGCUCGGGGAUUCUGUUUGGGAAAGUUCACAUUUCUAAGAGAUCCCUGGAACUGGUUGGAUUUUUGUGUCAUUGUCAUGGCGUACAUAACUGAGUUUGUAGAGUUUGGGAAUCUGUCAGCGCUUCGCAUUUUCAGAGUGUUAAGAGCUUUCAAAGCGAUCUCAGUUAUUCCAGGCCUGAAGACGAUUGUUGCUGCGCUGUUCCAGUCAGUGAAAAAGCUUGCCAAUGUCAUGAUCCUAACUGUUUUCUGCUUGAGCGUCUUUGCACUUGUGGGAUUACAGCUGUUUAAGGGCAAUUUACAAAAUAAAUGUGUACGUGAUAUGUCAAAUGAAACAAAACAGGCCAUUCUAGGAAAGGACAAUGCCUGGCUCGAAUACAUUCUGAAUAAUGAUAAUCAUUACUACCUUCCAGAUAAACGUGAUCCACUGCUUUGUGGAAACAGCAGUGCAGCUGGGCAGUGUCCAGAGGGGUAUUCUUGCAUGAAAGCAGGAAAGAACCCAGACUAUGGCUACACAAGUUUUGACUCCUUUGGUUGGGCCUUCCUUUCUUUGUUUAGACUGAUGACACAAGAUUACUGGGAGAACCUCUACCAGCAGACUUUGCGAGCAGCUGGGAAGCCCUACAUGAUAUUUUUUGUUUUGGUGAUAUUCCUUGGGUCCUUUUACGUGAUCAACCUGAUCUUGGCCGUCGUAGCUAUGGCCUAUGAGGAGCAGAGCCAGGCCAGCAUAAAGGAAGCUAAGGAAAAGGAAGAGGAAUUCAAGGCCAUGCUAGAGCAGCUAAGACAACAGCAAGAGGACGCUCAGGCAAUAGCAACAGCAGCAGAGAGCGGAGAAGCCAGCAACAAACAUGGUGGCACUGAGAGCUCUUCUGAUGCUUCUAAGCUAAGCUCCAAAAGUGCCAAAGAGAGACGUAACAGGAGAAGAAAAAGAAAGGAAGAAGAAGGGCCUGCAAAGAUGCCGAAAUCAGAUUCACAGGACAGCACAAAGUGGGCUCACUGCCGCUUUUCUGUAGAUGCAACACAACAGUCCUUUCUGAGUUUUCGUGGACCCCUGCUCUCAUCCAGACGAAACAGCAGGACCAGCCUUUUCAGUUUCCAAAGCCAAACACACAAUGUGGGCUCAGAAAAUGAGUUUGCAGAUGAUGAGAACAGCAUUUUUGAGGACAACCUCAGUCGGAGGGGAUCCCAGUUUCAUUCCCAGAGGUGUGAUCGACGCAGCAGCAGUAUGAGCCAGUUCAGCUUUUUGCCUCAUCUCCUACUUCAACCUAAUGGGAUCAGACACAGCUCAGUAGGCUUCAAUGGGGUUGUGUCUCUGGUGGAUGGGAAUUCAUCACCACCUGUGGGACCCCUUCUACCUAAAGUGACGUUAGACAUGGCUUCCACUGGAGACAAUGCUGACACUAAUGAAACGGAAUACAGACAGACCGGUGGAGGAACCUUAGGGGAGUUUAAAGACUUCCUUGAAGCCCCAGAAGCCAGACAGAGAGCGCUUAGCAUAGCUAGUGUCAUAACCAGCACCAUGGAAGAGUUAGAGGAGUCUAGGCAGAAGUGUCCUCCUUGCUGGUACAAUUUUGCUGACACAUUCCUCAUCUGGGAGUUUUGUCCACUGUGGCUAAAAAUCAAGAAAGUGGUUAAACUGAUUGUGAUGGACCCAUUCACCGACCUAACCAUCACCAUCUGCAUUGUACUCAACACAUUAUUUAUGUCCAUGGAGCAUUAUCCAAUAAACAGUGAGUUCUCCAAAGUGCUCACUGUGGGCAAUUAUGUGUUCACUGGCAUAUUCACGACCGAAAUGGUCCUGAAGAUCAUUGCACUUGACCCAUACUAUUACUUCCAAGAAGGAUGGAAUAUUUUUGAUGGACUCAUUGUUACUUUAAGCUUGGUAGAGCUGGGUCUGUCCAAUUUGAAUGGCAUGAGUAUUUUGAGAUCAUUCAGACUGCUGAGAGUUUUCAAACUGGCUAAAUCUUGGCCCACUCUUAACACCCUCAUUAAAAUCAUUGGAAAUUCAGUGGGAGCUUUGGGCAACCUGACCCUGGUGCUGGCCAUUAUUGUCUUCAUCUUUGCAGUGGUGGGCAUGCAACUGUUUGGAAAAAGCUACAAAGACUGUGUGUGUAAAAUCUCUGAGGACUGCGGUCCUCUUCGCUGGCACAUGAUGGACUUCUUCCAUUCAUUUCUCAUUGUGUUCCGAGUGCUUUGUGGAGAGUGGAUAGAGACCAUGUGGGACUGUAUGGAAGUAGCUGGUACUGCCAAGUGCCUCAUUCUCUACAUGAUGGUCAUGGUUAUUGGGAAUCUUGUGGUGCUGAACCUGUUCCUGGCCCUGCUGCUGAGUUCAUUUAGUGCAGACAAUCUGGCAUCAGUAGAAGACGACAGUGAGAUGAACAAUUUGCAGAUUGCAAUUGAACGGAUUCACAGAGGCAUUGCCUUCACCAAGUCGCUGCUCCGAAGUAGCUGCAACAGCUUAUGUCUGAAGAAUGAAAAGAAAAAAAAGAGUGAGGACAAAUCUCUGGAUGAGCUCCACAAACCUUUAGGGCUAAAUGGUGUCCCUGAUCAUGUUAUCAAAGGCUUCUCUAAAAAUGGAAAUGGGGAGGUGACUGGAGUGGACAGAAGCGGAAACAAGUAUAUAGUCCACACCAAGAGUGAUGAGUCUAUCAUGUCUUUUAUUAACAACCCAAGUUUGACUGUUACUGUUCCUAUUGCUGCGGUAGAGUCUGACUUUGAAAUGCUCAACACGGAAGACUUCAGCAGUUUCUCAUCGGACUUACCUGGUUGCCAAGUGGUUAUAGAUGAUGAUGGACAGUUUAGCUCCUCUGAGGGAAGCACAGUGGAUGGUUUGCCAGCUGGAGAGGGAGCAGAUUCCAUAGACUUUGAAUUAGAAGAAGCCAUGGAACCAGAUGCCUGCUUUCCUGCAGGCUGUGUACAAAGAUCCAAGUGUUGUCAAGUAAAUGUGGAUGUGGGUUGGUGGAAGGUGUGGUGGACCCUAAGAAAAACCUGUUUCCAGAUAGUGGAGCACAACUGGUUUGAGAGUUUUAUCAUCUUCAUGAUCCUGCUUAGCAGUGGAGCACUUGCCUUUGAAGACAUCUACAUUGAACAGAGAAAGACCAUCAAAACAAUGCUGGAGUUUGCGGACAAAAUUUUCACUUACAUUUUCAUUCUGGAGAUGUUACUAAAAUGGGUGGCGUAUGGAUUCACCAAGUAUUUCACAAAUGCUUGGUGCUGGUUGGACUUCCUCAUUGUUGAUGUAUCACUGGUCAGUCUUGUGGCCAAUGCUAUGGAGGUUGCAGAUCUUGGUGCAAUCAAGUCUCUGAGAACACUGAGAGCUCUGAGGCCCCUGAGGGCUCUGUCACGAUUCGAUGGCAUGAGGGUGGUUGUCAAUGCCCUACUAGGAGCCAUUCCUUCCAUCUUCAAUGUACUGCUGGUCUGUCUCAUCUUCUGGCUUAUCUUCAGCAUCAUGGGAGUAAACCUAUUUGCUGGAAAAUUCUACAGUUGCUUCAACAAAACUUUAGAAAAGCCUUUCCUUCCAUCAGAAGUGAACAACAAGAGUGUGUGUUUACAACUAGGAAAUGAGACUGCUCACUGGAAAAACCUCAAAGUCAACUUUGACAAUGUUGCCAUGGGAUACCUUGCGCUGCUGCAAGUGGCUACAUUCAAAGGCUGGAUGGACAUCAUGUAUGCUGCUGUGGACUCUGCAGAUAAUGUAAAAGACCAACCAAAAUUUGAAAACAAGAUAUUAAUGUACUUGUACUUUGUUGUUUUUAUCAUAUUCGGAGCCUUUUUUACCCUCAAUCUCUUCAUUGGUGUCAUUAUUGACAAUUUCAAUCAGCAGAAGAAAAAGUUUGGAGGCCAAGACAUCUUUAUGACCGAAGACCAGAAAAAAUACUAUAAUGCCAUGAAAAAGCUGGGCUCAAAGAAACCACAAAAACCUAUUCCUAGGCCAUCAAACAAGAUUCAAGCAUACAUCUUUGACUUUACCACAAAACAAGCAUUUGAUAUUGUCAUUAUGGUUCUAAUAUGGCUGAAUAUGGUAACCAUGAUGGUGGAAACUGCUGACCAGUCAGAGGAGAUGGAAGGAGUUCUCAGGAAAAUCAACAUAGUGUUUAUUGUCAUCUUUACUGGAGAAUGUUUGUUGAAGAUUAUCUCUCUUCGCCAUUACUAUUUCACAAAUGGCUGGAAUAUAUUUGAUUUCAUCGUGGUCAUCCUAUCAAUCAUGGGUAUGUGUCUUUCAGAUAUGAUAGAGAAGUAUUUUGUCUCACCGACCCUGUUUAGGGUCAUUCGUUUGGCUCGGAUUGGCCGUGUCCUCCGCCUUAUUAAAAGUGCCAAAGGAAUCCGCACACUCUUGUUUGCCUUGAUGAUGUCACUUCCUGCCUUGUUUAAUAUUGGUCUCUUGCUCUUCUUGGUGAUGUUUAUUUAUGCCAUAUUUGGCAUGUCAAACUUUGCUUAUGUCAAGAAAGAAAAAGGUAUUGAUGACCUUUUUAAUUUUGAGACAUUUGGCAACAGCAUGAUCUGCUUGUUUCAGAUCACCACAUCAGCAGGGUGGGAUGGCCUUCUAGCUCCCAUUCUUAACAGACAUAGUGAUGAUUGUGACCCUUUAAUGGAGCAUCCUGGUAGUAAUGUUAAAGGAAACUGUGGAAAUCCUCCUGUGGGAAUUGCUUUCUUUGUGAGUUACAUCAUUGUCUGCUUCCUUAUUGUGGUGAACAUGUACAUUGCUGUAAUCCUGGAAAACUUCGGCGUGGCCACUGAGGAGAGCACUGACCCAUUAAGUGAGGAUGACUUUGAAAUGUUUUAUCAGGUCUGGGAAAGGUUUGAUCCUCACGCAACACAGUUUGUGAGGUGCAGUAUGCUUUCAGACUUUGCAGAUGCUCUGGACCCACCAUUACGCAUUGCCAAGCCUAACAAGUUCGAACUUAUCUCUAUGGAUCUACCAAUUGUGAGUGGGGACCGUAUUCACUGCUUGGAUAUCCUGUUUGCCUUCACAAAACGUGUUCUUGGUGAGGGUGGGGAAAUGGAUAUUCUUAGGGGGCAGAUGGAGGAGCGCUUCAUGGCCUCAAAUCCUUCCAAAGUGUCGUAUGAGCCCAUCACAACAACACUUCUCCGCAAGCAAGAGGAUAUGUCAGCUGCUAUCAUUCAGAGGGCAUUCAAGAACUAUACGAGAGAGAAUAAGUCUCUUAGGAUAUCCAACGCCGGUAUUACAAAAGAUGAAGACAUCACUGACAAAGAGGACCUUGCCAAAGACAAACAUGAAGAAAGUUCUAGAGAUGGUAAAACUGAGCUGACACCUUCAGUGGCAUCUCAAUCCUCAUUUAAUAGUGUGACGACAAAUGGAAAAAACAAAUAUGAGAAAGACAAAAGUGAAAAGGAGAUUUCAAGCAAAGACGUGGGAGAACAAGAUGUAUGAAAAGAUGUUGGAGGUAUAAACAAAGACUUCAAUGACAAAAUGUUUACAAUUUUUGAAAGUUAAGGCUAGAGGUUUGUGUCUAAAAGAGGCUCAUUCGUGCUAUAAUCAGAACAUUUUGGAUGAUUUCAGGUACAUCAAACCUCUGGACCAAUGGCAGAGAUUGUCAGCAUCAUUUGAAGUGUUCUGAAAGACAAACUUGUUAUGCUUUAACUUCUGCUGCAGAUAGUUCUGCUGUCCAGUGUCUCCAUUUAUUUUUAUGUCACUGACUGCUUAAUUGCUAGAUUAUUUUCAAGCAGAAAAAGUGUUUCAAUUAUUUUUAGGCAUUCUUUAGUCAAUUGACUUUUAUACUUUUUUUUCACUCUUAGGGUCAUUCCCGCAGCUGUAGUCUUUAAAAUAAACACACUUCUUGAAUUUUGAUAUUGCUUACUGACAAUGUUUGGCAAAGCCAAGAGACAAUGUCAAAGUUGUGGUUGAUUAGAAAUGUAGACCUGCAUGAAUGUUUCUCCGUGGUUAUGCAUGCCAAAGAAUGCAUUCCUUACCAUGUUUUCUACCAGUCGAUCCAACUUUAUGAUGCAAAAUUUUGUCAUGACGUAGCUUUUUUUAUUUGUGAUAAAAUCAUCUUAGCAUACCAAAUCAAGUGUCCUAACUACACAUACUUAUCAGUUCAGAAUGAUUCUUCAUAAAAAUACUUGCAUUAGUCAAUCAUAUGACGUGUUCAUGUCACCUACGUAUCCUGGAUUAGGCCUAUGUACCUUUGACAAUAUUAGUGAUUCUUUACAAAUUUUUAUCACAAAUCGAUUAAUAAAAAAAAAAUCCAAUGCCUUUUAAUGAUGAAAAGUAAAGGAAAAAUAACACACAUUUGAACACCAUAUCAGAUUUUGUGAUCAUUUAUAUCCCUAAAAAACAAACAAAGAAUAGGAGAUAGUAUUUAAUGUCUGUGGGACAUCAAGGUCACUUUAAGUUUCCAACUCCUAAAUACAAACUUUUUCUUCAGUCUUUUGUUUUUUUCUUGUCUUAAACGUGUGUAAUCUGUAAAAUAUUCUAUUGGUUUGACAGAAAUCCUGUUGAUUCUGUGAUGUUAAACUAUUCUGCGAGUUCUUUUGGUUUUGAUGGGUUAUGUGAUAUUGUGGUAACUUUUUCUUGAAAAAAUAAGGCUUUGUGUUAGAUUACUGGAGGGGUGGGUGACUAAAAAUAUGUGCACUCUGUAAACUGUGUUUUGCAGUUUACAUCUCAAUCUUUAUCAUGAUAAAUAUCAAAGAUGGAUGAAAGAUGGCUCAGGUGUUCUGAAUGUUCACAAGGAAAUAGCAAGACGCAUCUUGUGCUCUUUUCUAUUUCCUGCCUCUGUUUACAUUUUGUAUUGUUGCCCUCAACAGACACCUUUAACUGUCAAAGCUACAUCUGUUAUUCUAUUCUACAAGUAUAAUUCCACUGAUGUAAUUACAUUGUGCAUGCCAUAAAAAUGUUCACUACUUACACUACAUGUAUGCACAGUAAAAGAAUGUUUUUAUUACCUAGAGUUAUAAAGAUGUUAUUGUUAUUAUCCAUAUUUCUUAUAGUAUAAAAUAAACUGCAUGCAAGACAUUGCUAUAACAAAUUUCACCAAAAAGGUAUAAUAUUGAAAUAAAGACCACGUGUAAGUUGAGUAUGCCUUCUAAAUUCUUCUCUUUUACCAUGAAAAUGUCAAGCAUGUGAGAUCCUGUUUAAGUUUUCUUUCUGUUCGAGAUGAAUGUGCUAGUAAAAUUUAAGAGAAAUUAUUUUAAAAAUAUUCUCCAAAAGUGAGACUUUUUAAGGUUUAAGGUGCGGUUUUUUAAAUCAUGUACCAGGUCUUGAUAAGACUGCACUCUGCAACCUGCUUGUCUGCUUCUUCGGAUCUGCUAACAUUUCAUUAUUUUUACAUACGUUUUCUUUUUUAUGUCUCCAAUUGUUGUUGC